CUCACAGUAAGACUGGGCAGUUCAAGCACUGAAGAGAAGCCACUGAUCAUCACCCGGACCUCUAAUCAUGAUAGGCAAUCAGAAGCUCCUGGUCAUGUGGGUGUGCAUGUUACUGGUGGUGUCGUUGUUUCCUUUGGCCCACUGCAAACGUGGAGGUGGACGUGGUGGCAGAGGCGGACUGGGUAAGCCGGCCAAAGCCCCUUCCCAGAACAAAGGCUUGAAACUGGCAGGUGCCGCCGUCGCGGGGGCUCUCGGAGGAGCAGCCAUCGGAUACGGGCUGGGCUCUCUGGGCAGACCGAGCUACGAAGAUGGAAGCAGGCGCAAUUACCCCAAUGGACCUGGAAACCACAGUCACUCAUACUGGGAGAAUAAAAGGAACACUGGCAGCUCAGAGCAGGCCAGCAUCCUCAUAGUACUAGGAACAGUGACACACAUAUUUAUGUGGGGAUGAAUUACAUUUGUUUUGCUGAGAGACUAUUUCAUAGUGCAGAAAGGCUAUCAUUUUCUUUGAUGAAGUGAAACUUAUUUAUUACGAGGAUGAAAUAUGAAAUGUGAGACAGUGAUGACUUAUGCAUGUCAAGGCAAGGAGGUUGAGUUCAUUUCAAUUUUUACUGCUAACCAUAUAUCUAAACGUCUUAGCCGUUGGUUGGUGUGAUGAAUAUUAAAUUAUAUUUAAUUUAUGUUGUGCUGCUAUUGCCUAAAAGUACUGCAACUUUUAACUUGCAUGAUUUUAUUUAUUUUGGUGCUCACAUCGUCGUUACUAAAGGUUUAGUUCACCCAAAAAUAAAAAUUCAUGUUGCUACAACAAACCCGUACGACUUUCAUUCAUAUUCGGAAGACAAAUAAAGAUUUCUGUGAGUGUCCCUCCAUUGAAAGUUACACAACUGCCCCUUAAUUUCAAGCCCCAGAAAGCGAGUUAAGACAUUAUAUAGGAAACCGUGUGACUUCAGUGGUUUAACCUCCGUUUUAUGAAGCGACACUAGUCCUUGUGCAAAAAAUAGGGUGACCAACUGUCCUAUUUUCAUAUAACAAUUUUAACCAUUUCUAUCCAUACAUAGGAGGCAUAACCUACUUUAAAUGUAUUGAAAUUGAUAAGGUAUCUUUGAGUAAACUUCAUCAUUUGAGUAGGCCCAUCUGUUUGCCGGGCCGAGUGUCCUGGUUUUUGGUAAUCAAAAUAUGGUCACCCUAUAGCAAAAAAGCAAUAACAUAAUUUACAACUUUAUUUACAAAGUAUAAUCUCCAACGCUCCUUCACGAGAGCGCCACUCGUUGUGUUGUGUUGGCGCGAGAGCAUGCUUUGUUACAUGAUGGUGCAUCACAUUAAUAUUUCAUAACAAAAUAUGUUUUUUUUUUUUGUUUAUUCACAAACCACUUCAUAAAACAAGUUGAGCACUGUAUAAUGAUGUCUUUACUACCUUAAUGGGGCUUAAAAGAAUAGUAGUUGUGUAUGGACUGUCAAUGGAGGAACAGAAAGCUCUCAGAUUUCAAAAGACCUUCAUUUGUGUUCUGAAGAUGAAAGCAAGUC